UUUUUUUUUUUUGCUUCCGAACUCCCCAACUUCAAAAUCAAAACUUCAAUUCCGAAAAAAGAUGGGCCACAAGUUCAUCGACAUUGUGGCCUAACUCUGACGCACCUUGACUGGACAAAUCAAGCGACACUCAACGUUCCGACGUUGCUUCCGAUCCUAUUUCGUGACGUAUCUACCGUCGUAUCGUCGUGCAACCCGUGAAUAUGGAGUCCAAUGGGUUCGAGGCGGAGGAGCGUUCGGACUUGGGUGGUCUCGAUGCUUCUGGCGUUCAUGCUACCAGUUCAGCUCUUUCGGAUGGCAUCAAUGGUCAUGAGGCACAUGUCAACGAAUCCGCUUCUCUUGCUCUAGAGGCUUUGUUGCAGGCUUCGAAUGAUAUUGAGGCAAGAACUACGAGGAAAAUUCGAGGACAUUUUGCGCUUGGGGCGUGGAUAUGUGAUGUUUCUGGUUGUGCCAAGAGUUUCCCUAGCAUGGAGCAGCUGAAAGUACACCUCGAGGAGAGUCAUGGCGAUGAGAAUAUAUUUGUCGAUGGACGUCCAACGCAUACUAAUAAUUAUGCGAACAACCUCCCAGAGACCCACUCGAUUUCCCCUAACGCACGUCUCAAAGCCGAAUCCUCCCCUUGCCCCACACCGGCUCUGAACAUUCAUUUUCUGACAGGGGACCAUCCACAGUCCAACAGCAUCGAAACCUCAUCAUCAUCAUCAUCUCACUUGCCCCCACGUGAUUAUGUUGAAACUCCAAUCGAUGCAAUCCUUGCGACGGACCUUCUCAGUCCCACGUUGCCAAAAGUACAAACCAUCAAACAUGAAUUGCAACCGGCGGCACCCAGGCCAUGGAUCUGUAAUAUCGAUCACUGCUUCAGGGAUUACUCGAGUGAAAGCAGGCUCAUUCGACAUCAGAGAGAGAAUCAUCGACUUGAUAAGAGGUACGGUGAGAAUGGGUGCGUUGUUUGGCUUGGGCUUCGUUCGCUUGGUCUCUGACGCUUAAACGGUCGUAGUGUUGACCCGGAUGCGAGAGGCGAAAGUUUGCAAAGCACUACCGUCAACUCUGCCUCCUCUCCGGGCACGGUGAUGUCUGCAGACGAUGAAGAGUCAAACCAACAGAGACUCUCGUCUCCUGUCCAACCGUCGUUGCCUGUGUCCCCUGAGAUUUCGCAACCCACCGCUGACG